AUGAGUCUAAUAUUUCCUCAUUUUUUUUCUACGCUUCUUGAGAAGAUAUCAGCACUGUCAAUGUCGAUUGUCUCCACACAGAACUCUACCCAGGGACCAUCAACUGAGCUGAAAACAAUGCGAACAACGACCCCAUCUCAGUCGAUGACGAAAGCUCUUCACAAAUCGACCUCACGAGAUACUCGUUUCACGGUGUGUGUGCUGAUGGUGUGCGCAGUUAGCUUUGGGGUGUUGAUGUGUCAAACAGCGGUCUCUGUUCAUUUACCUGGUUUCGCGCUUCUUUUGCAACUCGCCAUUCUCGUUCUUGGUGGAUACAUGUAUGAGUGGACCUGGGUUCAUUCGCGUGGGUUGACACGUGUUCGCCGUGCCUAUUUCGAUGAGACAAACGUCCUCGAAACCUAUAAACCAAGGGAUCGCACACAUGGACAUCUAUUUAUUCCUGAUCCACCAACACCAGGCCCCACACAACCAACCGAAAAGAGAGUCACUUUUGGAGAAGGCACCGAGGAACACAAUAUCGGUCAUUCGUCGUUCAACGUUCAACGUGAUGUGCACUAUGCAAACGAAUAUCAACGGGCUCUACAAAUGGCAAAAGAACUUGAGAAUCACACGAUGAGUUCGGCCGCCGCUCAGGAUGCUGCCCCGAGUGCAAAACCUCAAGCUGUCUCGAUGAGCGCAUCGACAAGAAGUGGAGCCGAGAAAGAUCAAAAGAGAAAUAACGGACAAGAAGAAAAACAAUAUCUCGGCAAGACGCAGAUGCCGGAGCUGGAAGAAAAAGAUGAGCUAAGAGCGACGCCAUUUGUUUUCAAUGAUUCACUCGAAAUUCCCAGGGACAAUUCAUCGAAUAAGGAAACCACGAUUAUCAAGACACUAAACGACUCAAUCGAAAAUCUCAAAAGCAGCAUCAUCCUAACGAAUCACACCGACGUCCCAUUUCAAAAGACAAUCCCCGACGACGAUGAAGAGCUUUUCGUUUAUAUGGUGGAAAGUGGCGACUACUCGAACGCCUCCAAGAUCAAGUCGAUUGUCGUUCGGGUGGACGUAACGAACAAGAUUGAUCAAACGGUACUCAACACGUCUAUCCAACACAUGAUCGAACAUCUCGCAGAUCGCCCUAGAAAUUGCCAUAUUUGGCUGAAGACGCUGCAAGACAACAAAUUGAUUGAGUUUAUUCGGGACAUGCUGAUAAAGCCUGACGUGCAAGCCAUCAGCCGAUCGCUUUUCAGGCUCGAGACGCGAGAUGUGUACACCAAUAUGGGCACCUUCCUCAAAGAUCUAAUGGCGAUACGCGAACAUGGAAUUAGGGUAACGGGAGGAUGCGUGUAUGGUUCAUACCGCGACGCAAAAAACCCUCGCAAAUUGAUGAAAGCGCAGGGCCAUAUUGCAUCGUUCGUCAAAAAUGAAGCAACAUUGAAGAAGAUACGGGGCGACUACUUGGUCAACUUCCAUCUCACUACACCAAGAAAUUCAAGAUUGUACGUAGUGAUCAGCUAUCUCGACAAGACGGUCAUCAAAACCAAAUCUACACAAGCACGCCAUCAGUACAUAACGGUCGACCAACUGGUACAGGCUGAACAUGUGGUGGAAUUUGCCGACGAGGGCCAAAUGUUCGAAUUUGAAGUCGACGCCGAACCAGAAGACCUCAACCCCGUCACAAUGGCUUACGAUCCGAUUCUCUCGUUCAGCGAGUUCUACUCAGUCCUAUCAAAGAAAUUUCCAAAUUCGUGUGAUGCA